AGAAGGCGGUAACCACUCCAGCGGCAAAUCGGGAGGCUUUGACGUCAAAGCCCUCCGCGCCUUUCGAGUGUUGCGACCACUUCGACUAGUAUCAGGAGUGCCCAGUUUACAAGUUGUCCUGAACUCCAUUAUAAAAGCCAUGGUCCCCCUCCUUCACAUAGCCCUUUUGGUGUUAUUUGUGAUCAUAAUCUAUGCUAUUAUAGGAUUGGAACUUUUUAUUGGAAAAAUGCACAAAACAUGCUUUUUUGCUGACUCAGAUAUCGUAGCCGAAGAGGACCCAGCGCCGUGUGCGUUCUCAGGGAAUGGACGCCAGUGUACCGCCAACGGCACGGAGUGUAGGAGUGGCUGGGUCGGCCCCAACGGAGGCAUCACCAACUUUGAUAACUUUGCCUUUGCCAUGCUCACCGUGUUUCAGUGCAUCACCAUGGAGGGCUGGACGGACGUGCUCUACUGGGUAAAUGAUGCGAUAGGAUGGGAAUGGCCCUGGGUGUAUUUUGUUAGUCUGAUAAUCCUUGGCUCAUUUUUCGUCCUUAACCUGGUUCUUGGUGUCCUUAGUGGAGAAUUCUCAAAGGAAAGGGAGAAGGCGAAAGCCCGGGGAGAUUUCCAGAAACUCCGGGAGAAGCAGCAGCUUGAAGAGGACCUAAAGGGCUACUUGGAUUGGAUUACCCAAGCGGAAGACAUUGACCCUGAGAAUGAGGAGGAAGGAGGAGAGGAAAGCAAACGCAACACCAGCAUGCCGACCAGCGAGACGGAGUCUGUGAACACGGAGAACGUAAGUGGUGAAGGCGAGAACCAAGGCUGCUGGGGAAGUCUCUGUCAAGCCAUCUCAAAAUCCAAGCUCAGCCGCCGCUGGCGCCGCUGGAACCGAUUCAGUCGCAGGAGAUGCAGGGCUGCCGUGAAGUCGGUCACGUUCUACUGGCUGGUUAUUGUCCUGGUGUUUCUCAACACCUUAACCAUUUCCUCCGAGCACUACAACCAGCCUGACUGGUUGACGCAGAUUCAAGAUAUUGCCAACAAAGUCCUCCUGGCUCUGUUCACCUGCGAGAUGCUGGUGAAGAUGUACAGCUUGGGGCUCCAGGCCUAUUUCGUCUCGCUCUUCAAUCGGUUUGAUUGCUUCGUGGUGUGCGGUGGGAUUACGGAAACGAUCCUGGUGGAACUGGAAAUCAUGUCUCCCCUGGGGAUCUCUGUGUUUCGCUGUGUGCGCCUCUUACGGAUUUUCAAAGUGACCAGGCACUGGACAUCCCUGAGCAACUUGGUGGCCUCCUUGUUAAACUCCAUGAAGUCCAUCGCUUCGCUGCUGCUUCUGCUGUUCCUCUUCAUCAUCAUCUUCUCCUUGCUUGGGAUGCAGCUGUUCGGAGGCAAGUUUAAUUUCGAUGAGACGCAGACCAAGCGGAGCACCUUUGACAAUUUCCCUCAAGCACUUCUCACAGUGUUCCAGAUCCUGACAGGUGAAGACUGGAACGCUGUGAUGUACGAUGGCAUCAUGGCGUACGGGGGCCCGUCGUCCUCGGGGAUGAUCGUCUGCAUCUACUUCAUCAUCCUCUUCAUUUGUGGGAAUUAUAUUCUACUGAAUGUCUUCUUGGCCAUCGCUGUAGACAAUUUGGCUGAUGCUGAAAGUUUGAAUACUGCUCAGAAAGAGGAAGCCGAAGAAAAGGAGAGGAAAAAGAUCGCCAGAAAAGAAAGCCUGGAAAAUAAAAAGAACAACAAGCCGGAGGUCAAUCAGAUAGCCAAUAGUGACAACAAGGUUACAAUCGAUGACUACCGAGAAGAGGAUGAGGACAAGGACCCCUACCCUCCUUGCGAUGUUCCAGUAGGUGAAGAGGAAGAGGAGGAGGAGGAGGAGGAUGAACCCGAGGUGCCCGCUGGUCCCCGUCCUCGCAGAAUCUCAGAGUUGAACAUGAAAGAGAAAAUCGUCCCCAUUCCUGAAGGGAGCGCUUUCUUCAUCCUUAGCAAGACCAACCCGAUCCGCGUGGGCUGCCACAAGCUCAUCAACCACCACGUCUUCACCAACCUCAUCCUCGUCUUCAUCAUGCUGAGCAGUGCGUCCCUGGCCGCAGAGGACCCCAUCCGCAGCCACUCCUUCCGGAACACUAUACUGGGCUACUUCGACUAUGCUUUCACAGCCAUCUUUACUGUCGAAAUCCUGCUAAAGAUGACGACGUUCGGGGCGUUCCUCCACAAGGGGGCCUUCUGCAGGAACUACUUCAAUCUGCUGGACAUGCUGGUGGUCGGGGUGUCUCUGGUGUCAUUUGGGAUCCAAUCCAGCGCCAUCUCCGUUGUGAAGAUUCUCAGGGUCUUACGGGUCCUACGGCCGCUCAGGGCAAUCAACAGAGCAAAAGGACUGAAGCACGUCGUCCAGUGCGUCUUUGUGGCCAUCCGGACAAUCGGCAACAUCAUGAUCGUCACCACCCUCCUCCAGUUCAUGUUUGCCUGCAUCGGCGUCCAGCUGUUCAAGGGAAAGUUCUAUCGCUGCACAGAUGAAGCCAAAAGCAACCCUGAGGAAUGCAGGGGACUUUUCAUUCUCUACAAGGAUGGGGAUGUUGAUAACCCUGUGGUCCGUGAGAGGAUCUGGCAGAACAGCGAUUUCAACUUUGACAAUGUCCUUUCUGCUAUGAUGGCACUUUUCACGGUCUCCACGUUUGAGGGCUGGCCUGAGUUGCUAUACAAGGCCAUCGACUCGAACGGAGAGAACGUCGGCCCCAUCUACAACUACCGCGUGGAGAUCUCCAUCUUCUUCAUCAUCUACAUCAUCAUCGUCGCUUUCUUCAUGAUGAACAUCUUCGUGGGUUUCGUCAUCGUCACCUUCCAGGAACAGGGAGAAAAAGAGUAUAAGAACUGUGAGCUGGACAAAAAUCAGCGUCAGUGUGUUGAAUACGCCUUGAAAGCACGUCCCUUGCGGAGAUACAUCCCCAAAAACCCCUACCAGUAUAAGUUCUGGUACGUGGUGAACUCCUCGCCUUUCGAAUACGUGAUGUUUGUCCUCAUCAUGCUCAACACGCUCUGCUUGGCCAUGCAGCACUACGAGCAGUCCAAGAUGUUCAAUGAUGCCAUGGACAUUCUGAACAUGGUCUUCACGGGGGUGUUCACCGUUGAGAUGGUUUUGAAAGUCAUUGCAUUUAAACCCAAGGGGUAUUUUAGUGACGCCUGGAAUACGUUUGACUCCCUCAUCGUAAUCGGCAGCAUUAUAGACGUGGCCCUCAGCGAAGCCGACAACUCUGAAGAGAGCAAUAGAAUCUCCAUCACCUUUUUCCGUCUUUUCCGAGUGAUGCGAUUGGUGAAGCUUCUCAGCAGGGGGGAAGGCAUCCGGACAUUGCUGUGGACGUUUAUUAAGUCCUUUCAGGCGCUCCCGUAUGUCGCCCUCCUCAUAGCCAUGCUGUUCUUCAUCUACGCGGUGAUCGGCAUGCAGAUGUUUGGGAAAGUUGCCAUGAGAGAUAACAACCAGAUCAACCGGAACAACAAUUUCCAGACCUUUCCUCAGGCAGUGUUGCUGCUCUUCAGGUGUGCGACAGGGGAGGCCUGGCAGGAGAUCAUGCUGGCCUGCCUGCCGGGGAAGCUGUGUGACCCCGAGUCGGACUACAGCCCCGGGGAGGAGUACUCCUGCGGGAGCAACUUCGCCAUCGUGUACUUCAUCAGCUUCUACAUGCUCUGCGCCUUCCUGAUCAUCAACCUGUUUGUGGCUGUCAUCAUGGAUAACUUUGAUUAUCUGACCCGGGACUGGUCCAUUCUGGGACCUCACCAUUUAGACGAAUUCAAAAGGAUAUGGUCAGAAUACGAUCCCGAGGCAAAGGGAAGGAUCAAGCACCUGGACGUGGUCACCCUCCUCCGCCGCAUCCAGCCUCCCCUGGGGUUUGGGAAGUUAUGCCCACACAGAGUGGCCUGUAAGAGACUAGUUGCCAUGAACAUGCCUCUCAACAGCGAUGGGACGGUCAUGUUCAAUGCAACCCUGUUUGCUUUGGUUCGAACAGCUCUUAAAAUCAAGACCGAAGGGAACCUGGAACAAGCUAAUGAAGAACUCCGAGCUGUAAUCAAGAAGAUCUGGAAGAAAACCAGCAUGAAGCUACUUGACCAAGUUGUCCCUCCAGCUGGGGAUGAUGAGGUAACCGUGGGGAAGUUCUAUGCCACUUUCCUGAUACAGGACUACUUUAGGAAAUUCAAGAAACGGAAAGAACAAGGACUGGUGGGAAAAUACCCCGCGAAGAACACCACAAUUGCUCUACAGGCGGGGCUGAGGACGCUGCACGACAUCGGGCCGGAGAUCCGGCGGGCUAUAUCAUGUGACCUGCAGGAGGAUGAGCCCGAGGAAGCGAAAGGAGAAGAAGAAGAUGUAUUCAAAAGAAAUGGUGCCCUGCUUGGAAACCAUGUCAAUCAUGUUAAUAGUGAUAGGAGAGAUUCCCUUCAGCAGACCAAUACCACCCACCGUCCCCUGCAUGUCCAAAGGCCUUCAGUUCCAUCUGCAAGCGAUACUGAGAAACCGCUGUUUCCUCCAGCAGGAAAUCCGGUGUGUCAUAGCCAUCAUAACCAUAAUUCCAUAGGAAAGCAAGUUCCCAGCUCAACCAAUGCCAAUCUCAAUAAUGCCAAUAUGUCCAAAGCUGCCCCUGGAAAGCGGCCCAGCAUUGGGAACCUUGAGCAUGUGUCUGAAAAUGGGCAUCAUUCCUCCCACAAGCAUGACCAUGAGCCUCAAAGAAGGUCCAGUAUUAAAAGAACCCGCUAUUAUGAAGCUUACAUUAGGUCCGACUCGGGAGAUGAGCAUUUCCCAACUAUUUGCCGGGAAGACCCGGAGGUGCACGGCUACUUCAGGGACGCCCGCUGCUCGGGGGAGCCGGAGUACUUCAGUGGCGAGGAGGACAGCUCGCCAGCCUCCAGCAGGCUGAACUACAGCUACUACGGCCGAGACCCCGGCAGCAGCGUGGACUUCCGGCGGCCCCGAGGCUACCGUCACCCCCAAGGCUUCUGGGAGGACGAUGACUCGCCCAUUUGCUACAAUUCCCAGAGAUCUCCCAGAAGACGCCUACUACCUCCCACCCCAACAUCCCACCGGAGGUCCUCCUUCAACUUCGAGUGCCUGGGCCGGCAGAGCAGCCAGGAGGAGGCCCCACCGUCCCCCACCUUCCCCCACCGCACCGCCCUGCCCCUGCACCUGAUGCAGCAACAGAUCAUGGCCGUUGCAGGCCUCGAUUCCAGUAAAGCCCAGAAGUACUCGCCCAGCCACUCAGCCCGGUCCUGGGCCACCCCUCCAGCGACGCCCCCGUACCGGGACUGGAUGCCCUGCUACACGCCCCUGAUCCAGGUGGAGCAGCCAGAGGCCCUGGACCAGGUCAACGGCAGCCUGCCGUCCCUGCAUCGCAGCUCCUGGUACACGGACGAGCCUGGCAUCUCCUAUCGGACUUUCACACCAGCCAGCCUGACUGUCCCCAGCAGCUUCCACAACAAAAACAGCGACAAGCAGAGGAGUGCAGACAGCUUGGUGGAGGCAGUCCUGAUAUCCGAAGGCUUAGGACGGUAUGCAAGGGACCCAAAAUUUGUGUCAGCAACGAAACAUGAAAUCGCCGAUGCCUGUGACCUAACCAUCGACGAGAUGGAGAGUGCAGCCAGCACCUUGCUUAAUGGGACCGUGCACCCCCGGGCCAAUGGGGACGUGGGCCCCGUGUCCAGCCGACAGGACUAUGAGCUCCAGGACUUCGGGCCAGGCUACAGCGAUGAAGAGCCGGACCCCGGGAGGGAGGAGGAGGACCUGGCAGAUGAAAUGAUAUGCAUCACCACCCUGUAG